CGCGCAGUGCGCUUUCGGCAGUGGCAGUUGCAGCAUUUAUGGCUGCACACGUGGCGCGGCUGUGCUUUGUUCCAGCGCAGUGAGCGACUAGCCCUGGAGGCGGCCGAGCUGGAGCGCAAAAAGCUCGAGGAGGAACGGCUCAAGCGCGAGAAGCAGCUAGAAGAAGAAGCCAUUGUUGCCGCUGAAGUGCGCCAGGCUGAAGAGUUGAAAAGGAGAGAACAGGAACAGGAGUUGCUUCGAUUGCAAGCGGCAGAGCAAGCUGCUGAGAUGCGUCGUCGCGCCGAAAUCGAAGCGGAGGAAAUGCGGCAGAAGGCUGACGAAGAGCGCCAGGAGCGGCGUCUGCAGGAGGUGCAAGCGGAGUUGACUCGCCGCGAAGAGGAACGAAGAGCGGAGAUGAAGUGUGAUAAGAAGUUGAAAGAGACGGAAAAUGCGGGCGAGACACGCCGGCUCCGGCACCGACUUUCCGCUAGUUUGGGCUCUAACUUCGUCGAGGACAGUGCCUCCUCAAGUAGCAGUGAAGCAGCGGAUCCCACAUCGAGGGGGCUUGUCUUCGAGAACUCCCACUCAAAGAAUUCGACCAGCUCAUCAUCAGGUAACGACGGUUCCUCUGCGAAUUCCCUAGGCUUUCCAUCCGGUGCUUCGCGCUUACGUGCUUCAUCAGAAAGCACAAGAGAGAAAGACAGGAGUAGGCAUCAUGAUCAUAGAGGUGACAGAGAUGGGCACGGAAGCAGCGGAGGAAGAACCACUGGUCCACGGUCUGAAAAAAGCAAGAAAACCUCCAAAGAGAGCCGAGGAGAUAAAAGCAGAAGUCCGCGAACUGGCUCAGCGGACAAGAGAGGCGCCUUAGGACCAGAUACCACACUCUUGAGGAUUGAAGAUCGCGAAUUGCGGCAGCUGACAGCACGACAGCUUCGUGCGCGCCACGAGUCCACGCUUGAGGAACUCCAGAGAAUCGCGGAAGAAAAAGUUCGGACGAAAAAGUUAGAGCUGGAAAUCGAAAAAAGUAGGCUGCGCGAAGAACUUCGGGACAAGAUGCGUGUCGAGGAAGAGCGAAAAGCCGAAGAUGAAGAGACGGAACGCGAUCGCUAUCUUUCACUACUUGAAAUGUGUGAAACCGCGAAGCAGCAGGUGCAGACCUCAAGGCGGGAGGUGCAAGAAUUGCAGGAACAAGCAGACAACCCGCCUGCCCAAUCCAGUGAUGACGACGCGGUUAAGUUGCUGAAACUGAGUCGAGACGUACCGAGUUUCCUGCCGGAAGCCGGAAAAGGUAGUAAAGCAACUUCAAAUCGAGGGAGUGCUCGCGAUGACGCAUUUCUUGCUCCAUACGACUUUCGUGACCAAGCGCCGCUAGGAACAGGCUCCGCAUCUGUGAUGCCAAACUCGGGAGGAAUUAGAAUGCGGCCAGAAAUCGAUUUGUUUGUGGAGGAGACCUUGCAAGAACGGGACCAAGCGGAGGAUCUCCCUAGUCAAGAUAUGGAUGUCACCGCAAGUGCAUUGGAUGAAGCCGGUAGUCUCAUCUUGCCCUCAAGUAAACAAACAUCUGCUUUCAAUGACGACGUUGACGCAAUGCUGCAGGGCGUCGCAGCAAGGCACUUUCCACGUCCACAGCGCGGCAGACGAUCUGGAACGACAGUGGUGACGUUUGCACCAGAAGACCGCAUUUCACCGCGCGGACGCGCGCUCGGCGGCGCUAGCAUGGCAAACCCCAACAGCAGCUUGCUUGUCCCGACGGCUGAUAUGACAUCGGCAUCAUCCCCAUCUCGAUCUCUUGCUGCUUCUGCGCGCGAAAUCGGUUCAACUGUUCUAACGCCACGAACUGCUACGCGGGCCUCAGCAAUGAGUACUUCUAUGUCUUCUAGUGCUCAACGAGGGGCUACGACGAUGGCAAGUUCUCUUCUAUCGCCAGGGGGCGAUACUAGACCAAGGAUGUCUAAGUCCGCAGGAGCAGCAGGAAUCGCGCCUCGUCGUCGUGCCAGCACUAGCGGGGUUUCGCCGUACACCCGCAUUCGCUCCUCUCCCAGCGCGCAUCCAACCAGUGCUCGCACGUUAAUUCAGCAGCGCGGUCGUGCUGCGAGCGCCUCGCAUGGGCCGCGCGGCAACAGCUGCCAGCCGGCAACGGCCAGAGGGUCAGCGUAUGAGACGGAAAUAAGUGGCGAGCUCCAAUUGGAAGAGGAAGCUGUCCUGGAUGCUAUGCGUUUGGAGCGCGACGCCGUUUCUGAACGACAGACUACUGAAGAGCGACUGCGAUUGGCCGAACGUGGACGGCGCGUCAUGCAGCAGCGGCUCGAGUGUCGAACGGCAUCCAAGGCAAGGAAGUAGGGAGACUGAAGAAUUAUGGAGAGCUUUAAUAUUAUAAUAUAUUAUAUUGGUUCACUUUUCUUGCGCUGGUGGUGGUGCAGUCGAAUAACAUGCUGAGCUGCUUUUUGUGUGAGCAGUCAGUCAUGUAAUUGGUGAGUCGGUGGAAGAGUAAAACUAGUUAGCUGUCAUGGUUGCUAUUCGCUAGAGCUACAUUAUGAAUGUUCAUACAGGCUUGAGCUACAUUAUGAAUUUUCAUACAGGCUUAAUGCUACAGAAUAAUACCCAGCAUGAUCUCGAUCUUUGUCUUUCAUUACUUGAACAGCACAGUACUACGUGAAUGAACAGUAUUGUAGACGAACCGUGUUUUACAUGUCUGCAGCCAUAACGAUGAGUCUAUGGAAGAUAAAGUGUAAGAAAUCCUUCCCUGGGGUGAUGAAUGUGCAGUGGUAUCGAAUCUUUAAGCGAUCUUGUUGAGGUCAUUAAUCAACUUGAGGAGUCCUCACAAGUGCAAAAAGGCAUAGUUUGUUGUCAUAUCGUUACUACAUAUCAUAAUUCUCCAAAUUUGUUUUUCAUGAAUUAGUGCAAGCGAGAGCGACGAGCUUUUAAUAACGGUCUUUCUGGUCUUUAUUUGCUAUUGCUCGAAGGUCUCCUUCUUGAUCUUGUCAUUGUUGGUAUUUCAGGCAAUGAAGGUUAUUGAACACCAGGAUGAUUGUGAUUGACCCAUGUAUAUUGCUCGAAGAAUGCUAUGGUAGAAGAAAACCGAAAGCGCAUUUCGUCGUGUUAUGACUUGGAAAUGUGUUUUGCAUUUUAACCGUCGCUGUUCUCCUCCUACAACAACUAGGUCCUAGUUCUUGAUGAUGUAGAGAGAUCCAUUGAGAUGAAGUUCAUGCAGCGAUGCUUGACAUCAGGCGCAUGAUAUGAGCGAACGACAGACGAG